AUGGACAGCACUCUAAUGCCCGGCGCGGCCCCUCCGCAGCCUCCAGCCUCAGGCAAACCCCGUAUUCCCUAUGCAUGCGAGGCCUGUCGAGUUGCCAAGGUGAAAUGCCAACCUAGCAAUACAGAAGAUAUAUGUCGAAGAUGCGCCAUCUCGAAACGGGAGUGCAUCUUCAAGACUGGCCCGCGGAUGAGACGACGACGUUCCAAGCUCCAUCCGGCGGCCACUCGUACAACGCCACCCCCUUCCGCACCCUCCAAGACCUUCACCAUCGACGUACCCAUGUCAGCAGCCGAGGACGGCGGUGACAUGGAUCCUUUGGAAAGCUUCGAAACCCUCCGAGAGUCACACGAGGGAUUUCUUGAUGAUAUCGUCCCCGAGGACAGCAGCGACACAACCUUUACACAGCCGUCUUCGUCCUCGACUGGCAGGGGAACAUUCUCCUCGACCCCUUCCGCUGGUUCUCAAUCUGUGCAUGGCUUCAGCAGCAUCCAGCCGCAGUUCAACCUUGACUCUGCAACAUCGUUAUUGCACUACUUCCGAGAGGCCAUGCUGCCCUUUUUCCCCUUUGUUGUUAUCCCACCUGACGCGAGCGUGCCUAUGUUGGCACGCGAGAGGCCCUUUGUACUACUCGCCAUACUAGCUGCUGCUAGUGGAGGCAGGAGUCUACAGGGUCACAGUCUCUACGACGGAGAAUUUCGCAAAGUCCUGGGGCUCAAGUUCGUCAGCGGGGGUGAGAGGAACUUGGAAUUGCUGGUUGGGCUUUUGAUCUACACAGCCUGGUACCCGUUCCAUUUGAGACCGAGGAAUCGACAGGCCUUGCAGUAUAUCCGGAUGGCCAGCGACAUCGCCCAUGAUCUGGAACUGGACCAAGCGCCAGACCAUGUUGACGCGGCGGCCAUCAGGUCAGACGAGAAACAAAUGGCAGGCAUGCGGGCGUAUCUGGCCUGUUAUUGUCUGUACUCGAGUCUCGCCACCGCCUGGAACAAACGUAAUACUAUGCCAUAUCAGCAGUGGACGACCGUGUGCUGUGACGUCCUCGGCGUCAUGGAACCUGCCGACCCCCCAGCGUCGUGGACACAAGACCAGACUCUAGUUUGGAUUGUUCGCCUUGGCCACUUGGUGCAGGAAGCGAUGUUGAUCAACAAGAUAGAGCGAAAGGCCCAGAAUGGCCAGCUGCAUUCUCUGCUAAUGGUCAAGGGCAUGGAAGCGCAACUAGUUGAGUGGCGAGGGCAGAUACCUGUCGAGCUUCUCUCUCAGCCCAUCAUUCACAUGACAAACAGUUUUGCAGAGAUCGCGCUGUAUGGCUAUCCACUCCUGCGGUUCUAUUUCCCAAGGUCAACGAGGCGGGAGCAGCUCGUUCCAGAGGAGCAUGUCGAACCCAGCAGGCUCCUCACAUGUGCCAGACUCUUGCGCACGUGGUACGACCAUAUAAACUCGCUCCCAGCGUCCGAGUUUGCUUCCUUCACUAGCAUCGGCUGGGGUUUUUUUGUCAUGGCCAUCAUCGUCGGCCUGCGGCUGUCCUUCCCAAUGCCCGACACGUGUCCUGGCUGGGACCACGCCGCAGCGCGCCAGGUAAUGGACCUCGGCUCGUUCCUGGAAAAGUUCUCGAGCGACGAUGACAAGGGGGGCGAGACGUUGGUCCCAGCUUCAAAAAGGCAGGCAACUGAUGUCCUGUCAGCUAGCAGGGUCGUGGUCGGAGUGGUUUGGCGCAAAUACAAGAGGCGCCUGGAGACACUGCAAAGGGCAGAGACGGCUGGGCCCCCAGCCCCAAUGCCUCCUGAUAUGGACCAGAACCGGAUCAGAUGUCCGAUGCUAGAUGGGAGCCUCGAUGAAUACCUCCCAGGCUGGGACAACACAUUCCUCGACUCAGGAAAUCUCUUGAACCCACCACCGCCUGUACCCUCUGGGCCAGCAGAUACUGGAUCUGGAACGAGGACUGGGACAGGUCCGCUACUGGACAUGCAGCCGGUGGACUUUCAUGACCUCUGGGCCACCAUGACUACGGGUUGGACACAAGGUGAACUAGGUGAUAUCGAUUUUAGCAACAUGUAA